GAAGGAGCCUGAAGUGAGAGAGGAGAGUCCUGAAGAAGGUUAUUGAUUUCGACCUGGCGUUUAAUUGCCGAACGAACCCAUUUCGUGGAAAGAAGGAGCGUUCGGGAAGACAACCAGCAGCCAUGAAGGCUGUCCUUUGCUUCCUUCUGCUAAGUGCGGUCUUACACUGGACGGCACGGGGUCAGGAUAUUUUGGAAGCAUGUGACAAUUUGAUUGGAUCAGGGGACCGCGUUCCGGAAGACAAGGAUAAACUCUGCCCAUGCGUGCUGGAACCCCUCUUCGAGAAUGGCAACCGUGUGAAUGGCGACGUGACCACUGGUGUCGUGCAGAUGAACGGCAUCGUCCGCUAUGAGUGUUUUGUAGGUUACAGCCUCACGCGCAACGGACAGACCCUUCAGGCGCCAUUCGAACGCAAGUGCUUGCGCAUCGCCGGUCGGCAACAAUUUGAGUUCGACCGGGAACCACCGACGUGUGAACCAAUCUCGUGCCCAGAGCCCGCCGUGCCAGAAAAUGGACAGCGGAUCGGAAAUCGCUUUCUGUUUGAAGACGUGGUAGAGUUCAGAUGCGAUGAUGGGUUUGCGCUGACGGGUAGCAGGCGCAGAACAUGCCGCGAGGACGAGAGAUUUAGUGGCGUUCCCGUCACUUGCACACCUCAGAACUGCGAAGAUCCGGGCAAUGUGCGGUUUGCGAGCCGUCGCCUGGAGGGACUGCGCGUAGAUAACACCGUCAUGUACACGUGUGAUACGGGCUACAUGAUUAACGGAGAGCCUACCCUCACAUGUCUCAACACCCAGCAAUGGUCACAUCCACGACCAAGCUGUGAACCUCUUUCAUGCUGUCGCUUGGAAGCGCCAAUGCAUGGCAGGAAGAUUGGUGACCAGGUGACGCUGGGCAGUGUUGCCCAGUUUGAGUGCAACGCUGGAUUCCAGUUGAGCGGCAGUGAGCAGCGCACAUGCCAGACCGAUGGUACUUGGUCUGGAGAUCCAGCGCAGUGUGUGCCAAUCAUGUGCCCUAUUCCACGGCCGAUAGCUAAUGGUGGGUACACCGGCGAUGGUUUCGCUGUCGGAAACGAGCUAGAUUUCUACUGUAAUGCCGGCCACCGACUUGCUGGUGCUGAGCAACUGAUUUGCCUGCCCGACGGAACCUGGAAUAUGCCACUGCCAUCUUGCAUGGUGGUUGACUGUGGCAAUCCCGGUCGCCCAGAGAACGGCGCACGACAAGGGGAUGCUUUCACGUACACCAACCACGUUACGUAUUCGUGCAACGAUGGAUACCGUCUCCUUGGAUCGACCGUGCGUCAUUGCUUGGCUGAUGGGACGUGGUCGGGCGAGCCAGCCUCUUGCAACUUGGGGAGCUGUGGUGACCCCGGCACACCACGGUUUGGUAGUCGCAAGAUGAGCGGCACAACUGUCGGUGAUACUGUCGACUGGGAGUGUGACCGAGGGUACAAGAUCGUUGGAGAGCCCGCUGCUGAGUGUCAAAUGAACGGACGCUGGACACGGCCCACUCCUACCUGUGAACGGAUCAGGUGCACGGAUCCUGGAAUGCCAGCAAACGGAGCAAGGAUCGGAGAUGAUUUCAAUGCCGGUUCUAUGGUCAGCUUCACUUGCGACCGUGGGUACAUGUUGCAAGGAUCUCCCACCAUAGAUUGUUUGAUGACUGGACGGUGGAGUGAUCCAGUUCCAGUAUGUGUCGUUAUGGUGUGUGGCGAUCCUGGCAGACCAGAGAACGGCUUCCGCAACAUGGACGGCAACGUACUGAACUCGGUGACUCGCUUUGAGUGCAACCCCGGCUACACACUCAACGGACCGCCGGAGCGACGGUGUUUGCCUCCCACGCCGGGAGCGUCUGUGCUGCAAUGGGAUCAGAGAGUGCCUGAAUGUGUCCCUGUACAGUGUCCCAACCCUGGUAUGCCUGCCAACGGUGCAAGGCAAGGCAACAACUUCCUCUUCAUGGGAGUUGUCAGCUUCACGUGCGAUACUGGUUACAUGCUGCGUGGGGCUCCCUCGCUGCUUUGUCUCGCCAGCGGCGAUUGGUCACAGCCACGACCAACAUGUGACCCUGUUAGAUGUCCAACACCGAGCGCCAUCAGCAAUGGUAAAGCUCUCUUCACCACCACUAUGUACAGGGACUCGGUCAUGUAUGAAUGCGACGUUGGAUACGUACUGGACGGACAGCCCAGAGCUACCUGCCAGUCCGACGGACAAUGGAGCCAGCCACCGCCUGUCUGUGUCCGUGGUGUAUGUGGUGAUCCUGGAACACCUGAAAAUGGCCAUCGUACUUUGCCCAGUCUGUCGGUGGGAGAGAGAGUCCAGUACUUCUGCAACCCCGGCUUCUCGCUCAACGGACCUCAGCAACGUGUCUGUCUAGUUGAUGGAACGUGGGAUGCCCGUCUGCCCACUUGCGAGUUGAUCAGCUGCAGCGACCCAGGUCAGCCCGCCAAUGGACGCCGCAUCGGCAAUGACUUCUCUUUCGCUGGUGCCGUCUCAUUUGUAUGCGAUACUGGCUACAGGCUGAAUGGCCGAGAUCUCAUCACUUGUCAGGCAAACGGCCAAUGGAACAACCCAAUACCGGUGUGCGAAGUGAUUGACUGUGGCACACCGAGGGAUGUUGCCAACGGCCGCACUCAGUACUCUUCCACCAUUUAUGAAAGCACAGUUAACUACAUCUGCACCGAAGGCUAUGUGAGAGAUGGACCAGACAGUGCUGUGUGUGGCCCUGAUGGACGAUGGUCUGAGAUCCCUCCGGCAUGUCGCAAGAUAUCGUGCGCGGAUCCCGGUGAAACUGCCAACGGUGGCCACACACUGACCGGUCUGGAGUACCAGGAUACGGUCACGUUCACGUGUAACACGGGCUACGUCAUGCAGAACCGGCCAGACGGCAUCGUGACGUGCCAGGCUAAUGGACAGUGGUCUCACCCCUCGCCGACUUGUAUACCGCGCACGUGUCCCGACCCGGGCACACCUCAGUACGGCGAUCGUCAGUUCGCACAAGGAAUUCAGCGUGCGACCGAGGUGCCGUACCUGUACCGCGACACGGUAGUGUGGAUCUGCGACGCCGGCCACGCGCCGGUGGGUCCCACCAACGCUAGAUGCCAGGCUGACGGAACGUGGACCAAUGAGGCACCCACGUGUCAACCUGUCGACUGCGCGGAUCCCGGAACUCCAGUGAAUGGUGCUAGGAAUCUUGAGGGACUCAUCCUAGGCAGCGAAGUUAGCUAUACGUGCAACGAAGGAUACACGCUUGUCGGUCAGCAGAUAGCGGUUUGCUUGCCAAGCCAGACUUGGUCAUCUCCACUGCCAACCUGCGAACCUGUUGAGUGUCCCAGGGUGCCGUCACCGCGCAAUGGCGGUAUGAACAUGACGAAUAACUUCUUCCUGGGAGAGGCCCAGUUUGGCUGCGACCCCGGCUUUGAGCUGGCCGGCUCACAGAAACUCACCUGUAUGUCAUCGGGAGAGUGGUCCGAUGCUCUUCCAGUCUGUGAAGAAAUGUUCUGCACGGACCCUGGACCAAUUGCCAAUGGUCAGCAGAUUUCAACUGAUUUCAGCGUUGGUGGUCAAGUGGAAUAUCAGUGUAACCUUGGAUUCACCAUGAACGGACCACCGGUGCUCACUUGCAAGAUCGGAACACCGAUUCCGGAGUGGGAUCUACCCAAGCCAUCGUGUGAACCAGAUUGUUUGCUCACUGAUUGGAGUGGCUGGGGAGAAUGUUCAGCCACUUGUGGUGAUGGUACCCAGAUGCGCAGCCGCAAUGUGCUACAAACUGCAGCUGGUGUGGGCACGCCAUGCGGCUCUACCAACGAGAAUAGACCUUGCAACCUGAAAUCGUGUGUGGUCUGUGACGGGCAGUACGAGGAGGAAGCCUUCCUUAGCCGUGUUGGACAGCUUGCUCUGACUCCGGUCACAGAUGUACUGAUUGUGGUCGACGAAUCGCGCAGUAUGGAGCGCGAGCACGCCUGGCUUCCAGACAUGGUCCGAUCGCUUGAAAGCGCCCUGAACAAUCUCGGCAUUGGACGCGGUACAGGUGCGCCACGUGAACAGAGAAAUCUCUACUCUCUGGUCGGAUAUGGAAAGUCUCCGGAUGCCACUGCUCAUUUCUUCCGCUCCUCCUGCAGCAAUCCAAAUGAGCUGCUCUUCCCGGUUGAGUGCUACGGAUCAGCCAAUCAAGAUCUUGAAGCAGAUCCUCAGGGUCGUGUUGAGGACGGUUAUGAGGCCAUGAUGUUUGCUAUGGACAAUAUCCCAUGGCGCCAAGGUCCCGGCAUUGCUCACAAUAUGAUCUUCAUCAGUGACGAGGAUCGUGAUCGCGUUGCACCCGUUACCCGACAGCAAGUCAAGGACCGCCUAGCCAACGACAACUUUAUUCUCAACGCUGUCAUUGACAACCAGUUCUUCGAUCCCGCAGGCGGCAAUCUUCUUGGAGUUGCUAACACAGGUGCUGGAUUCCGAAGCCUGGCCAAUGGUGCAUUUGCACGUGUUUCCAAUCCAACUAUCGGCGCUGGGUAUGCAGGAACCAAGGUUGACUACACGGACUUGGCCCUGGAACUGAAUGGUGCAAGCUGGGACAUCAACAUCCUGAGAAGCGGUGCCCAGUCAGCGUCCUUCACCAACGCCUUCACCGAAGUGAAGACGACGGAAAUCCAACGGCAGACCGACGAGUGCUACGAUUGUGUGUGCAGAGCGAACGCAACUGCACCUGGCGGUGGAUCGUUCGACUGCAUCAAGGCCAGACCUGAUCAAGACGCGACGUGUCGCUGCAAAGAGAGAGAAGGACGGUAUAAUGCUGCGACGGACGAAUGCGUCGGAGCAAAGGAUCCUGUAGACUGUGUAGUUGGACCAUGGGAACAGUUUUCCGCUUGCUCAGCAACAUGUGGCAAUGGAUUCUCCAGGCGCAAGAGAAGCAUUACGACUCCAGCGCAGGCCGGCGGAGAGUCCUGUCCUUUGCUGGAAGAGAGAAGACUAUGCAGUGGGCCGCGUUGCCCAGGAUCUGGCUGCGAGGAUCCCGGUGCGCCAGCAAAUGGAGGUGCCAACUUGCUAUUCAGUCAGAGUUUCCCAGUGCAGCCGGGUGCAACACUCAAUUUCUUCUGCAACGCCGGCCAUCGUCUGGUUGGAAGCACAUUCGCCGAUUGCCAGCUGAACCUGGCGUGGUCCAAUCCUCUACCUACCUGUCAAGCUCUCUGCCAACCGAACACACAGUCAUACCGGUUAAGAGGUGGGGAGAGAGGAAUUGCUGCUGAUUUCAUCAUGGUUGUUGACCAGUCAAGGAGCAUGGGUAACGAAAUUGACUGGCUCAAGGAGAUCAUCCCCGACCUCGACGCAGAGCUCAAACGUUUGAACAUCGGCACAACUGCUGGCUGUCCGAAUAGGUACGGAGUUGUUGGCUUCGGACGCGGUGCACCUCGGGAGACUGGAUCCCUUUUCCGCUCUGCUUCCGGUCAAUCCCUCUUCCCCAUUGAAGACUAUGCAGGUGCGGUGGCCAGCCUGGCUGAGGACACAGUGGGGCGUGUUGAAGACGGUUACGAGGCAAUGAACUACGCCAUUGACAAUAUCCAGCUGCGCACGUCAUCUGCAAAUUGUGGUAUAGCACGCAACAUGCUGCUUCUGACUGAUGAAGAUCGUGAUGUAGGUCGUCUUGGCGGUGGAAUGAACGUCAACAACAUGAGAAGCAGACUCAGUCAAAACCAGAUAAAGCUGAAUGUCAUCGUAGACAACUCCUUCACAAUCGAGGGUAUCCGUGGUAUCGGCAGAACCAGUGCUGUGGGCUUCCGUCCUCCAACUGAUCCUCAAUCUUGCUACCGAUCGUCGGGUUCCGUUACGUCGGGCAGUGGCUAUGGCAACACCAAGGCAACGUACACUGACCUAGCAUUGGGUCUAGGCGGUGGAGCCUGGGAUAUCUUGCAGCUGCGUCAAGCUGGCCUCCGUGAAUCCAUGACCUGCGCAAUCAUCGAUGUCAAGGUCGACGAGAUCUCCUCACAAUUCCAGACCUGUGAGAUCUGCACCUGCUCUGCAUCCAAUGCAGAACUGUGUCGACCAGCUGCCACUGCCCAGCAACGCGAGGAAUGUUCGUGUGGAUAUAGUGGUGGCGAGUGGCGAAACAAUGCCUGUAUUACAACGCGUAAGUGAUUCACAGGAGCAGAGUAACAGCUAGGAUGCACUGUACGGCAUAGGUCUAGUUGAGUAUGAGCACGCCCUUUGCACUGCUCUCGCUCUCUCUCUCUCCUUCCCUUACGUUAGCACCAGAGCGUUAGCGUUGACACUGGGACGCUCUUCUAGAGCUAGUUUACCCAUGCUUCUUUAAUCAUUAGCACCAGGCCUGACCCGGUCACGCCAUGUAUUGACUGACUCAAAAUCUAGAAUUAUCAUUACUUCACUCACCUGCAAGGUCACUUUAACCAAUCGAUCCCUCCCGAAUGCUGCCACUGCACAUUGCAUCAUUGUCGUGAUCUGCUUUCCACUCCAAACUCUGACCUCCAUGUGAAAGAACCCCAUUAUGGUAACACAUUUUAUUCCUCUGUGAUUUCUGAAAAACAACUUCGAGCAACAUUAGGAUUACUUUCUGAAGUGCUUGGCCUUUCAUCUGAGCAAGGCAUGGAAACUAAUUAGUUCCUUCUUCUUUUUUCAAUUUGUCUUACAACCUCCGAUGGACAUCUAACAUUUCCUUUUAUAUAAUUUUCUGCUGAUAGCACACCAGCGAUAUGUGAUUGUGUAUUUCUAAUUUCUCGGAGUCUUUCGUUCCAAGAGUAAAUCUUCUUAGACUGUUGCAGUCCCAACCGAAA